CCUAACGCUCCAGAGUUCCCAGGCGGGGGUAGGGGAGAGAACCCAACGGCCCAGCCCUUGGCCAAAAGGCUGUUUGCUCUCACAGCUCACACCCACAAGAGUCACCGCAGACGGAAGUAGGGAUGGAAUGUGUGCAUGACACAUGCUUGCAAACUUCCCCAGCUCCUCACUCCCUCUCUCUCCCUGCCGGUAGCACUUCGCUCCCUGGUACCCCUGGACUAGCCCAGCCGCUCUCAACAUGGGGAACAUAACUUGUGUUCCCCAGCCACCGGGGAGAUUCAGACACUCCUUCAGCAGGAAACCUUCCCUGAAGAAAGAACAAGACAGCAAGAAAAAACUGGCCAGCCUCUUUGGUAUUGAGUCAGGGCAGGAGAGAGACAUGACCACAGACAAAAUAUUGCAGUAUAUUCCUGGGAAGAAUAUCACGAACCAGGAAAAUCAAAAGGAAAACUUGGACCAGCGGUUUCCCAGCCUGUUCAAGAAAGGGCGGAGGAAGACAGUUGUAAGAAAUCUGGGGAAAAUUAUCUAUUACUCCAAGGUCAAAUUUAAAUUCCAGCACUGCCAGGAGGUGAACGACUGCUACUUGGAACUGUUCCAGUCCUACCUGUACUUUCAGUCUGUUGGCUCGAAUGGAUUGACCUAUCAGGGGCUGCUGCCGCUGAAAGAGCUGAGCGUGUGUGAAACCGAAAAGGCCAAGAGCGCAGAGCGGGAGGAACAUGCGUUCUGCAUUACAGGUCCCCUGCUGAACCCCCUUAUCGUGUACUGCCCCAGCGAGUCGGAGCUCAAGCGAUGGCUUUAUCACCUGGAGAAACAGAUACAGCUGAAUGGGGGAAACCUGGACGGGUCCUUCCUAUCUCAGUGCGACGGGAAGCAGAACUCCAUAGGGAAAGAGGAACUGAGGUGGUCUGUGCAGAACAUGCCUGUCCAAGAAUGGAAAGGGACCCAACGGGAGUCCCUAGGUGAUGUCCUCUGCGUCUCUAAAGUGAAGCUGCAGCAUUUGCCUUUCCAGGAGCAGCACGACAGGCUUUUGAUCCUGUACCCAUCCACGCUGGUGAUUGUCUCCGAAGAGCGCAAUGGCCUCUACUUUAAGGGAGAACUGCCACUGAAUGCAAUACAAGUUCAUUUUGAAGAAAACCAAAAACGCUCCUUUCUAAUAGAAGGACGACUAAUAAAUUCAAUCCAGGUCAUUUGCCCCAGCUACGAAGAUUACCAGGAGUGGCUGUACUGCCUUAAAACAGCCCAGUUUCGGAAUGCUGACUCUUCCCUUUCAGGAUCAGAAAGCUUCUCGGGAUCAAAGCCACCACACCUUGGGCAGUUCCCAGGCAGCGGGAGAGGCUCCCUCACCUCCGAUGGCCGGACAAACUCCUGGACGUCACGAGGGAAACUUACCACCUCAACCCACCACUCCCAGCACAGUGGCUCCAUCCCUGACCAGCAAUCAUUUGUUCUGAUGCCUGAAGGCAGAGUGACUGAAGACCCGCUGUCCCCAGGCUAUGCCCAGCCUGUCCAUUGCCUGGCAAAUCCCAGCUGGCCAAGUACCGGGAUCCCCAAACCAGAACUGAAGAGGGGCGGCAGCGCUCGCAAGUCCAAAGGCAAAUGCGGACCUGCCCAGCAGCCGCAACCCAGCAGCCAGGACUCGGAAAGGACUGUGUUUAGCCUCAUUCCCGAAAACCCCAACAGGGAGCCGCUGUCGCCAGUGUACAACGAUCCCUACUCUCCACUGAGCUCCCAGCAGCACCCAGCGGUCCCCCCGCUGCAUUUGGACUCGAACAACCUGAAUCAAUGGAGCUUGGGGGAAAGUCAGACUCCGGCAGCUCCCAGCUCUCUGGAGAAACCAGCCCCGCCCCGCUCUCCCCUGUACGCUGACCCCUACACCCCGACCCCCACCCCUGGACGCAGGGUUGCAGACUCUGACUUCCUGGAAGAGUUCUUAAGACGUCAUGGUCAGACUGGCUCAGAGCAGCUGAACGGCUACGCAGAAAUCCCAGGGUCCCAUCACCCUCCGCUGCAGAAGAAGACCUCCCACCCGUUGCCCAGCAGUCGCGGCAGAGAGCCACCCGCCGCGCAGAGAUACAGCAACCCCGGCACCUCGUGUCACUUCCCGCAGGCAUCUCCCCCCAACGUUUCCUGUUUUACAAACAUCCCCUCCUUGAGGGAAGAAUUUCUGGGAUCCUCACUGCAGUCCUCAGAGGGAAGCGCUGGUGUUUACAACCUGCCCGGGAAUGGCCGCGUGCGGCACGACUCUGCAUAUCACGACUACGCAGAACUCCAAAGCUUCCACAGCGACUUCAGUUACGACAACCUCUGGGAGGCUGAGGAGAAGGAGUCGGGCAUCCGGCAGGCCGGGCCCUUCUCCUGCCAGCAGUUUUAUCAUGUAUGAGGGAAAGAAGCCAAAGCAGUGCUCAUAAAAACUCCCGGGCCUGCCCCACCCUGACCACUUUGCUUUCAGCCAUGCCUUUUAGCUGUGAAGCGUGUAAGGUGUGUAUAGAAUGAGCAGGGGGAAGGAUCCCUCCAGUGACUGGGUCUCCUGUGUGUGCUGAGCUCUGGCUCCGGCAGGUUUUCAUCAGGUUGGAACUCUUCCACCAAAUCUUAAUACGAUGCCCACGAGCAUGAACAAGACUCUACGAAUCCUAAUGAAAAAUGAAGUCCCUCCCCAUCCCCCAACAUUUUGGCAGUACUAGGGGGAUCUUGGACGCUAGGCACUCUAAAGAAACUCACUGUCCCGGCUGCGUAGGGAACCGGAUUUCGUGAAUAGCUGUUGUUCCAUGCAGUGGAAAAGAAGCCUAGCUCCUAAUCACGCUCCCUUCGGCUAACAGGAAAUUGUGUGUAUGGAAAGGUCGGUGACUCAGAGGGGCUAGAAGAGGAGAAACCAGUCAUUGGACGGGUUAGCGUGUGUGUUAAGUAUUAAAGAGUUAUGCAUCGGGAGACCUGGUCGCUUUCCUUUUCAAUGGAGCUGCUUAGUUGGCGACAUCCGGGAUACCUUUAAACCUUGAGCUCUGUCGAUUAGCCAGACCUUUCCCCACUAAGCGUCAAGUCUGUGAAGACCUGUGAACAUUCACCAUCACCUAAAGUCUGCAGCGUGGGUAACAACUGCGCUCAGCCCAUUGACUCGGUGCAAAAGUCAGAGUUGGCAAUGGAGAUAGGGCAGACAGAAAUCCUCACCUGAUCCACAGGCCCUGCUCAAGCUAACAGAGGAGGGUCAUGUAGGGUCCACCUCUGUCUCUGGACACCGCUCAAUCUUCCCUGCCAGUGAUGGCCCAGAGACUAUGGUGAUGGGCGCCAAUGAAAGAAUCUGCAUAGCUUGGCCAGCAUUGAGAAAGAGACAAAGAGGAAAUCUGUUAUCUGUGAAGUGCUCUAAAGGGCAUGUGUUUUCAAGAGUUCUCCAGGUGCGGAUACCCCUGGAUCCCUCCAUGAGACUUUUUCUCUCUCUCCCAUUCAGACCUCUCCAAAUUUACUGAACUCAGUCUAAACCCUGCCUCUUGUAUGUCUGGGCAGUGAGGGAGGGCAGGAAAUCAUCAUUAAGCAAAACUCCUGCAUGAUCCUCCGAAUGCUCCAAUAAUCUAAGGAAUGCUGGUGUCCUGAGUUCCACUCCUGGGCCCUUAGGGGAAGGCAGAAGACCACUGCACAAAAACCAUCAUUCCUGGGGGGACAGUGUCUUAGCUUUAUCGGACCCUUUGGCUCAUACAGGGUCAACAGCAAGCCAAGGUGCUUUACCCUAGGCUCCAAAUUCUAACCUGCAUUCCCCAAGCAAUCUGUAGAACAAAGCGUAUUAAGGAAAUCUCUUUUUUUCACUGGUGGAAGUGAAACAAGCCACUAGACUGUUGUACUUGAAAUUUUUUAGACGGUAAUAAGCAAAGUUUACACGUAGGUUUUGAGUGGAAUAUUUGUAUUUUAUAUGUAAAUGUGGGUGAGUUAAAAACUUAUUUAAUUUCGUAGCUAUGGACUAUGAACAAUACUGUGAGACUAUCAGCUGCCAACACAUCUGUGCUGUGUGGGAUGGUUGGGUCUUCCAGCUGUUUUUGUUUUGUUUCAGGUUUACUUUCCUAUUGGGAGGGUUUAUAUAUAAUAACUUAACACUGAGAGAAGCUAUUUAUUAUGAACAGAAUUGCACUGGGGAAUGUCAGAGGCACAUCGUUUUCUGGGAUGCAGCUGGGCUCACUGAAUGUUGCUGUGUUCACUCAAACCAAAGACCUUUUUCAAGAUCUAGAUUUUUAUAUAUAUAAUAGCAGUGAUUGCAAUGUAUCAAAAUAAUUGACUGUAAAGUACUCUGGUCAAUUUCUGCAAGACUGUACAAUUCUAAUAAUAAUACACACACCUGUCUUCAGAACUGAGUCUCUGUGUGUCCUCAUCUGGUUUAACUGAGGGAUUGGUGGUUUUUCUCUGUGUUGCUGUCCUUCCUUCCAGCACCUGAAGGACAAAAUAACUUUUCCCCGCCUUCCCUAAGUCUUUGAAUCACUAGCUGGAGGAAGAAUUUUCAAACUGCCAACAGCCUGCGCUGCUCAGUUGAGAUCAGUCAUGUGCAAACACCUUAUCUAGGAACAAAUUCUCUAGUGUCUUCUUCGGGAGAUGGGAUUCGUGCCAGAGGCUGGGACUCCAGAGUUUACAGACUCUGUUUUGCCCUGCUGUCUUUGGAAUCUUUCGGCUGGAAAGGUGCUUUGCAAGUAUCAGUCAAAGAAUUCAAAUUGCUCAACAGAUUUUACUGACCGGGGUCACUUUGCCUGCCUGAGAAGUUUAUCAGUUAUGCUGGCUGCAGUCCAGUAAUACAGGAAACUUGCAGAGGGCCAGCAGGAGCUGAAGUAGAUCAUAAGUGAUGCAUAAACCGUUAGCUGAACAUUUGCACAGGAGUGGAUUUCACUCAAGAGGCACCUUCUCUUUCUCUCUUGUUUCUCAGUCUUUCAAACUAAUCUAGCAUUCUACAGCAGCUGUGAUUGUACCAUCUAACUGUAACAUCUUCCCCCUUUCC